AUGAUGAUAGUCAUUGUAAACGUGGUUUUUCAAAUAUUAUUACUUCUUCAACUCUUAUCAUCUUGCAAAAAAGGGAACAAGAAUAAAGAAAGGAGACCAGCCGCUGGAACUUCUCAAGCCAAUAAGGUGAAGGCAGCAAGUAGUGAAGGUGAUGCCAAGGAGAAGGAAAAGAAGGAAGGAAGCAAAGACGUACUAGCUGAACAGGUGCGUAGCCUGGAAAACCAAAAUAGAGAUUAA